UAAAGUGUUAAACUAAAGAAAAAGCUUGGUAAAAGACUUGAAGGCGCACAUGUGAUACCAAAAGCAUGUCUUUUGAUUUCAGCAAACCCAAAACCCAAAUCAUCGAUUCUACUCGCAAUUGCCAUUGUUGUUGUGCUUCUAGUUGUUUAAAGAUAUGCAUCUCUCUUGGAUAAGGAUUCGUUUUUUUCAUCGCUGUAUCACUCCAUGAAAUCCCAAUUCAUAGAGAAAAACAAAACUUGGGUCUUUAGUUUUAGUUUCUGUACAUUGAAAUAUCGAUUUCGAAGAAUUGAUGAAUCGAUUUCAAGCAUAUGAAGAAAUCGAUUUCAAAUAAUCAAUUUUACAGAGACAAGCAUUGCUAACCUGUCGAUUAGGUCAAAACAGGAAAAAUCAUACCAAUUCUGGAGGAGGAGCGAUAUAGGAGAUUGAAGGAGCAUCGAGGGUAAAGCGUGUCUUUUUCUUCAUUCCGUCCGAGUCAGUCAUGUUUUUCAUUUGGACUGAAUCAGCACAAAUACGAGGACGAAUCAAAAAUUUGGACCGAGUCCAAGAUUGUAGUAGAAAAACAAACGCACAGACCGGAGAUUUCUGACCGAGUCCAAGCAUUCAACCGGAGAUUUCCGUUCACUCUCCGCCUUCUACAGCUUCUAGGCCUUCCCUCUAAAAAUACGAAAUUUCCGCUUCAGAAUCGAAAAUAUUCAACAAACCAACUGCCACUUUCACUGUGGACAUGGCUAAGAUUAGUGAGAAAAUAACACAAGUAAGAUGGUUUUAUGGAUCUUCUUUGACCACAACCUUUACAGGAAAUUCCCUUGUUCCUGUGCAUAUAACCACCAUCAAGUUCAAGACUCCAUUACUCCCCUUUCCAAGAACUCAAGUGUUGUAUCGUUGUUGCAGAUCAAUCAUGAAGACAGAUACAACAUUACCUAUCAUAGUCAAGGAAACCAUCGAUCCAACUGAUAAAGAAAAACAGAUAUUCGAUCGAUUGCGUGAAGUUCUUGUUCAUUUCAAUCUUGACACACAGCUUCGUGUUGCAGGAGGAUGGGUUCGCGAUAAGCUUCUAGGAAAAGAUUGUUAUGACAUCGAUAUUGCUCUUGAUAACAUGUUAGGAAAAGAGUUUUGUGAAAAGGUAAACGAGUAUUUAGUAUCCACAGGUGAACAAUCACAAGGAAUUGGUGUUAUUCAAAGCAAUCCGGAUCAAUCCAAGCAUUUGGAAACAGCAAGAAUGCGAUUAUUCAAUGUCUGGAUCGAUUUCGUCAACUUAAGAUCCGAAGAUUACACUGAAAACAGCAGAAUUCCAACCAUGCAAUUUGGUUCUCCAGAACAAGAUGCAUAUAGAAGGGAUCUUACAAUCAACAGCUUGUUUUACAACAUCAAUACAUGUUCAGUUGAAGAUUUUACAAAAAGAGGGUUGAAUGAUUUGAAAUCUGGGAAAAUCGUGACACCAUUGCCACCCAAAGAGACGUUCUUGGAUGAUCCUUUGAGGGUUCUUAGAGCAAUUCGUUUUAGUGCAAGGUUUGAAUUUGAAAUGGAUGAAGAAUUAAAAGUUGCAGCUUCAGACAAUGAUGUGAAAUCUGCCAUUGGUGGGAAAAUUAGCAGAGAAAGAAUCGGGCAUGAGAUCGAUCUUAUGGCAUCCGGGAAUCAACCAGAUAAAGCAAUAACUUACAUAUCAGAAUUAGGUUUGUUUUGGGUGGUUUUCACAUUACCUGAAAAUUGUAAACCUUCAAUUUCACAAGAAGAUGAUAGAAUUUGUGUUGAGUAUAUGAAUUUGGGAAUGAGACAGUUUCUUGAAGUGGGGUGUAGUUUUACAAAUGAACAGAGAAGGAUUUAUUUAUAUGCAUCGUUGUUUCUUCCACUUAGGAAGACAGUUUACAUAGACAACAAAAAGAAAACAUUUCCAAUUGUGAAUUUCAUUUUCAAAAACUCUUUAAAGUUAAAAGUUAGUGAUGCGGAUGAUGUUACGAGGCUACAUAAUGGAGUUGACAAGCUUUUGUGUUUGAUCCCAUUCGUGUUAUCCAAUGAAGAUAUGAGUAAAAUUGAUUGGGAAAUUGAUUUGAUUGAAGUUCCUGUGAAAUUGAAAUCAAGGAUCUUGUUGGGUUUGGUUUUGAGGGAAAUGAAAGAUUUGUGGAGGGUUGCUUUGAUGCUUUCGAGUAUUGUGGGGGAACAAGUGGAGAAAAGGAGGGAAGUGUUUAUGGAGGUUGAAAGAGAAAUAUUGAAAUUAGGUUUGGAGAAAGUGUGGGAAGUCAAACCUUUGGUCAACGGGAAGGAUAUAAUGAAACAUUUGGAGCUUGAAAAAGGGGGCCCGGUUGUUAGUGAAUGGCAGCGGAAGCUUCUACAAUGGCAGCUUGCUUAUCCUUCCGGAAGCUUAGAGGAAUGUGUUGAUUGGAUGAAGAGGGAAAUGGAGAAGAAGCGUGCUAGAACAUGAAGAGGAGAAUAAUCUUAAUCUAUUUCUAGGUGUUUUUAUUAUUAUUUUUCUAGUAAGUAGGUUGCUAUUUACAUUUUUAUCAAGAUAUUGGUAUAUCUUAGAAUCUAAAUAUGGGGAACAGUUUUUUGAUGUAAGUUGUUGUGAUGUACAAAAAGUAAAUUUUGAUGCUGGUGAUAUCGGUUUGCAUAUUCUGAAAUAUAAAAACAGAGAAAACGUGAUGGUGUUUUUUCU